CCAUUUUUUUUAAAAAAUCCCCACUUUCUUUUUCUCUCUCUCUUUUUAACUUCAAAUAUAUAUAUAUAUGUAGACAGAAACAAAACUCACUUCUCCAUCAAAUCCCAUUUCAUUUCUCUCAUUAUUAUUGUUGUUAUUAUUAUUAAUUCAGUUUUCCAUGAAAAUUAACUCCUCGUCUCUCAGAAUGAGGCGAAACUGCAAUUUGGAACUUCGUCUUUCUCCCACCUCCGCCGCCGCCGCCGCCGUCUCCGACCACUCCUCCGCUGCCGCUGACGGCAGCCCUCAAAGCCAACAACUCACCAUCUUCUACAACGGCCGGAUCUGCGUCUGUGACGUUACGGAGUUUCAGGCAAGAGCAAUUCUAGAGUUGGCAACUAGAGAGAUGGAGGAGAAUGCUCAGAACGAAACACCGUCGUCGAUACUACAACAGUCUCUGCCGCCACGACCUACGACCACCCCGGGGCUUUCGAUGAAGAAAUCACUACAAAGAUUUCUGCAGAAGAGGAAGCAUAGAGUUCAAGCAACUUCUCCAUACAACCACUGAAAAAUAUUUAAAAUGGAGACAACCAAAAUUCUAAACAUAAUUUCAAGCCAUUUGGGGCUUAGUUCAAGUUCUUAAUUAUUUUGGUCCUUUUUUUAUUCCAUAGACGUAAGAGAAAGAACACCUGGAGGCUUUUGUAAAUUACUAUCUGUUUGUUUUUGUUUAAUUCUUCAGCUUCAAAAUUUAGCUUUUUCUUCACUUUAAUUCAUUUUUUUUUCUAGAUACUAUAUACAAAUUCAUUCAUCUCAAUUUCUCAUU